GCAGCGAUGAAGGGUGGUUGUGUAUCACAGAAGCUGCCUGAUUCUUGAAUGAACUUUAGUGUCCGUACACAAAAAAUAUUUCAGUCAGGACCACAGACUUCUUGUGAAUUUAACUACGUACUCAAACUGAUGUCAUUGGUCGAUAAACAUUGGAAUUUGCAAUCUCGAUUUUAUGAUGGUCUAAUAACACGCUGGACCGACAAAUUAGAAUCAAUAAAUCACCGAAGAGGAAAAUUCCGGAAGUGGCGCGAAUUUGUUUACAUUAAGCUGCUGGAAGUCAAUCUUCCUGUAGUUGAGCGUCAGGCUACAGGAGCUGCCAUUACUCGGACGCGUUCAAAGGCAACAGCAAAAUCGAACGGAAGACGCAACCUUCAACAGAGGAGCGAACACAUCUUUUUUACCUUCCUAAGACCAUGACAUUUUCCUUUAAACAAAAACAAAAGGGAUAGACAAAGCCCCACGAAAAAAAAAUCCAGAGUCUAUCGACAUUAAUAAAUAGUGAGCGUGAAAUAAGUUAAAAUUGUCACACAAAAUUUAUUAAGUAUAUAAAUUUAAUUAUUUCAAUUUAUUGAAGUAAUUGAAAUUACUCACUUCCACUCUAAAUUCAUUUCAAUUUAACCUAUGAUUUAUUCAAGUGAAACAAUGUGAUGACUCAUGCGGAGUGAAAAUAUAUUGGAACAAAAAUCUUAUUCGCACGAAAUAGCAAUGAAACUUAGUGUAAAUAACACAAGUUAUCCCAGUAAUUUCCAAGCGAUUUUAGUAGUUAAUCAUCAAUAAUCGCGAGGCAAUAUAGACGGCCAUCGGUGAUGAGAUGGACCCGUCACGCCUGUCGCCGCGCCUCAUGACGGCAGCACAGAGCCGUCCUAACAUCGGAGGUCUCGUGCUCGCCCCAGCGGUGCUCAGAAAUGUCACCACCCACCGCGAAGACCUACUACUGUCGUCGACGGUGCUGGGGGAGGUCGUGGAGGAGGAGAGUCUGCUGCCGUGGGCUCCCUUCCUACGUCAGGAGCCGUGGACGGUGCCGCUGCUCGCCGCCUCUGCCGUCAACGCCGCUGCUAUUGUUGCCUUCGAGGUGUACAUCCUGGUGCGAGCAGCGCACGGGACGCCGUCGCGGCGCCAUCUUUUCCUGGGCCAGGGCCUCCUGCUGGGGCUGCUGCUGUGCUCGCUGUGCGGCGUGCCUCUGGCGCUGCAACCUUCAGUGGUCGCGUGUGCGACAAGCAGGCUAACGGUGAGCAUAGCCCCUGCGUUGGUGUUCGGCUCACUGCUGGUGAAGUGCGUGUUCCUCAUCUCGCUCAACUCGGGGGUCUAUCUCCCUGCUCACUAUCAGGCGCUUCUGCUCUUCUUUGUCGUACUCGUACAGGUGAGCAUCAGCGUGCAGUGGUUGGCAGUCAUACCAGCAUCGGUUCUGACAGUUAGCCGGAGGAUAGCUGACGGCAGCGGCGGCGCUGCUGAGUCUGAAGUUCUUGGCGCGGUGUGCAGCCAGACGUACGAACACACGCUCCUCUCCCUCGUCUACGUUAUGCUGCUCGCCUUAGCCGUCGCCGUGCUUGCCAUCAAGUGUCGUGGGUACCGGGAGAACUACCGUGAGGCGUCGUACAUCGGGGCGAGCGUUGGCGUGACGCUGCCGCUGUGGCUGGGCUGGAUCAUCUGUGGGCUGGUGCUGCCUGCUCAGCUGCAGCCUGCGUGCAAAAGGAACAGAAAUAUUUUGCUUGAAUUUUCCCUUAAAAUAUUAAUUAUUCGUCGUUUGCAGGGCCGCCAAAUGGCAGCGGUGGGCAGAGACGGGCUCUACCGAGACGACAGAGACGACAGGCUCUCGACAGUCUCUGACGCUCGGUAUUCGCCGUCAUUUUUUCUAUUCAAACCUGUCAAGCCCGUCAAAGAGACGACGUCUAGACAAAACUUCAAUUCAUUUUACAAAAGCCCUCCUUCGGGUAUGUUCGGGUAUGGCAUCCUGCCUCCCCCCAAUGCACUCUCGUUGCACCCACACACUUCCUCUUGUUCACCAAUAAGUGCCAUCUCGUACUCAGCAAACGUUCGCUCCCCACCUUACACAGCUCUUCAUCACAAGCCUUCUAUUUACACAUCCUUGCACUCCCCGAUGGACUCAUCCUGCUAUGAUCCCACAUACGGGGGACUGCGCAAAGGGAAAACAUCACACAGUCGACGCCAGAGACGAAUGCCGUCAGUGCAGCGCCAGUGCACAUCAAUAUAUUGGCCACCUGGGAAACUUACAGCGCCAAACCACAUCUACAAGGCAUCACCGACCAGACCUGGAGAGCCUGUUUACUUGGCUCGGUAUCUUCAUUUGCUCAUUCUUGUGCCAAUUUUAUCGACAUCUUCGUUACACGACGUUCUCCUGAAAAGUUUUCUUCAAUGGAUGCACAGAACAAUGAAAGACAUUCAUGGUUGCAGCAGUGGACCCAGCAGCGACUGCGCUGAUGGUGGCCGCAGCGAUGAAGCUCUCUACUCAACCAUAGGCAGACCGCUGCCCCACCUCCCUAAACUCAUCCCGUCAUCCAACCCCAACUUCUAUUUAUUCAGAUCCCACUCGCACGCAGGGAUGUUCUAUUGAAGAUAUAAAGUUUAGGAUGGCGGUUCGCGUUCUUGUGUGUUUGCGGUCUGCCUCUGUACCAUUGUUACCAUCGUUGUACUUCACAUACUAUGGGCUGAGAACCUCGCAAGUUGCUCGCCCGGCGCAGACGUAGGAACGGUAGCCAUGUUACCAUGCGGCGUUACUAGUGAUCAAUAUGUGAAUCAUUAUUAACUUUAUGGUCAACCUCAACAAAACGGUAAGCACGAUCAUGAACUUUUAGAUUGUUUUCGGAAAUCAACCAUCACAAAACUAUGGAAUACUCAGAGCAAUACAAGCCCAAAUUGAAAUUAAAAUUCAGAAAAUAUACUACGCAAUGUACCACAAUUUCAGAAAAAAAACGAUCGAUAAAUAAUUGACGAAAACCAAUAACUUUGCCACCCACAACAUUAGCUAGAUUUUGACCCUCAUUUCUCUAACAGCCCCUCACCACGUCGUUGACCGAUCUCCCGAAAAUGUUCUCAUUAAUUUUCCAUUCCCUCCUUAAAUGAUGAGUGCAAAUACGAAUUAUAUAAAAAAAAACUUUUAUACAUCUUAUGGUUCUGUUAAGUUGCAUUUUGAGCUGUAAAUUUAAUGCUCAUCAACUGGAUAUGUCUGCACUAUUUCCUCUUAACAGGUUAAUCUUUUAUAAUAUUUUGUAAGAUAUGUACAUAAAUGAGCGUGUGCAAUUGUACUAGCUAUUUAUUUUGUUGAUAUUGUUGAUAGCCAUACAUGCUAUAGCUCUACUGCCGCUGGCACGCUAAAUUGGAAGUCUUAUGAAAUAAAUCUUGUAUGUAUGACCAAUUUACCAGCAAAAUUGCAGCGAAUGUUUUAGAAAUUUUCUCAAAUAAAAUAAAUAUGUCGGUUAUUAAAUG